GGGAAAAAAAAAAAAAGAAAAAAAAAGGAGGAGAAAGAAUAAUCACUUAAGCUGGUCCGGUCCCGUCUCGGAGGUUUAGGGGCUGCACCCGGGGUGCCGCUGCUGCCCGCGCCGACAACCAUGAAGGCUCAGCCGGCGGCAGCCUCCAUCUUCUGUCUGUGCCUGGCGCUGGCGGUCUCCGCAGCCUCCGCCGCGGAAGGGCUCGGAAAGGGUUUUGGAGAUCAUAUUCAUUGGAGAACACUAGAAGAUGGGAAGAAAGAGGCAGCAGCCAGUGGUUUGCCUCUUAUGGUUAUCAUCCACAAGUCUUGGUGUGGAGCUUGCAAAGCUUUAAAGCCAAAGUUUGCUGAAUCCAAGGAGAUCUCUGAGCUUGCCCAUAAUUUUGUUAUGGUCAACCUUGAGGAUGAUGAAGAGCCAAAGGAUGAAGCCUUUAGUCCUGAUGGAGGUUACAUUCCCAGAAUCCUUUUCAUGGACCCCAGUGGAAAAGUCCACCCAGAAAUCAUAAAUGAGAAAGGAAACCCCAGCUACAAGUACUUCUAUACCAAUGCUGAUCAAGUUGUCCAAGGGAUGAAGGAGGCCCAGGAGAAGCUAACAGGUGAUGCUUUCAAACAAAAACACCUGGGAGAUGAACUAUAAUGAAUACACUGAAUGAUGCUUUUCCAUCACUUUGAAACUCUAAAAGGAAAUGAUUAAACAGACCAAGAAUGUAGAUGCACUGAAGGGACAUAAUUAUUCUGUCAACAAUGUUAGCUUAAACCCUGUUUGGAGUUCACACACAUGCAUCAGUUACAGUGUUAUCUCCUCCUCUGCCUGGCAGUUUGUACUGUAAUGGUUAUUUGCAACUAGGUAAUGUGCAAACACAUCAGUUUGUGUGUUUGAGCAACCACUAAUAUUUGGUGUUAAAAGGGAGGUGUGUAGGGUGAAACAUUAUUUGAGGACAAACAGUGUGAUUGGAAUAACAAGAAGUAGCCAACAUUUUGACACUUAAGCAGGGUUGGAUCCCUCUUUUUCACUGGUAUUAUGAGAUCCCGUUGUUUUUACUGGGGAUUCCUAUCAAUGGGGCAUGUUCCUGGGCCAGGUGUUUUCUAGACAUCCCAAACCAUGAAUUCUGCCACUAAGCCAAGUAGAAUAAAUUUCAUGAAUGUCCAACUAGCAUGUGAAAUUAUUAGCUCUGCAAACAUAUUUUUGUGUAAAACUGUGUGUGAUUCAUCUUUAUUUGCCUUUGGGCAGAAAUUUAAUUUUUUCCUUGGGCACUCACCUUUUGAUUGUUUUAUCAAGUGAGGGUGGGUUAUGUUGAAGCUUUACGGGGAAUUCCCCUUUUAUUCUUUGAAUGUUUUUUGGCGAAUGCCUUGCCAUCACAUUGUACUGUAUUUUUGUACCAGGGUGAAAAAUUAAACCUUUUUAAACAUAAGCAUGCAGACAGUGUUUUGUGGUAAAGGGCGUAGCUUUCCAUUCUCAAGGUUGGGGGAAUAUAUUUUUGUUGAUGUUGCAGUGGUUAUUAAUGUUGAAUGUCAUAGCUGAAGAAUGUUUCUGCUUUUUAUAAUUAAAAGAAAACAGUUGUUUUU